AUGGGAAAACGAAAAUUGAAAACAGUCGAAAAAGAAGAAGCAGAAAUCUCCCAAAAAACCAAGAGAAUCAAGUUGAACGAUGGGGAAAAUCGGGAAAAAUCCGAAAAAUAUCGAGUCGCCACACAAGGAGUAAAUAUCACCAACAAGAAGAAUAAGAAAAUGGAUUUUGUCGAAAAUUGCGAAUUGACAUUCGAACAAGCGCUCAAAUUAACCGAAACGAAUCGGGGAAAAGGAAAAGGCGGUGGAAUUGUUAGGAAACAAUUAUUGAAGCACAUUUCACUUCCAUAUCAUUUGACUGACAAAAAAGCGGCGAGAACUGCAAUUGAAUUUAUUGCCAGGAAUACUGUUGGGAAAUAUAAGAAGGAGUAGGUGGACAUUUUGAAAAGGGCUGAUUCACGAACGAAAAAAAUGUUUUUUUUAACAUCGAAAGAUCAAUUCACGAAAAGUCGAAAAAACAUUAGUUUUUCGAGUUUUUCAGCCAAAAAUGAUGACAAAUCAAUAUUUUUCGAGCUUCUGGAGUGAUUUCUGAUGAAAAUAAGCUUCGAGAACCCUAUUUUGCUUUAUUUUAUGAAUUUUUUUCGAAAAAAUUAGCAAAACCUUCUGGAAAGUGAAUUCCAAGGUCAAUUUUCAUCAGAAAUCCCUCCAGAAGUUUGAAAAAUAUUGAUUUGUCAUCAUUUUUGGCUGAAAAACUCGAAAAACUAAUGUUUUUUCGACGUUUUUUGACUUUUCGUGAAUCAGCCCUAAAAAAACCUUUAAAAAAGUUUUUCUUCAGGGCAAAUGGUAUUGUUGUGGCUGUUGGUGAUAUUAAAAUUGUUUCACCGCCACGUGUCAUUGCUGAUCAAAUGGUUUAUCAUCAGGAUGUUUUGAUUGAACAAGUCGUAUUUACGUGGGUUUUUUUUGGCUGAAAAUUUGAAAAAAAUGAGUUAUGACGUGGCAAUGUUUGAAAAUUUUGAAAAAAAAGGUUUUCUAGCUUUGCCACGUCAUAACUCAUAUUGUGCCUGAAUCUGUGGCACAAAAUCUAUUAUUUGAAAAAUGUUUUGAAAAAUUACAGGGAAAACUUUUUUCAAAAAAUUUAUUAGAAAAUGUAUUUUGUUUAUUUUGAAACGUGACCUAUGACGUGGAAAUUUUGAAAAUCAUUUUGAGAAAAAUUCUAAUUUUUUGAACAGAAAUUGUGAAUUUUUGAUCCAUUGCUCAUGUGAACUUAAACAGCCCCGAAUUUUUCACUCAAAAUUUGGGAUUUCCGGCCAAUUUUGAGGCAUUGCUCAUGUUAACUUCAAAAUCUCCAUUUUUCCAGCCCAAAACUACACGAUGAAUAUGAAGCGGUUGUAAAAUUGGUGCAAAAUGGUUUCAUCGUGGCGGUUGUGAUGAAUUUGGUGACUGUUCAUUUGGCUCAAAAUGAGCACGCUGUUGGUGAGCGAUUUGGAAAAUAAUUUAGAAAAAUCUACAAAUUUCAGCCGAUGGUGUCGCUGAAAAUGAUCGAAUCAUGGUCAAAUAUUCGGCGAUGAAGAUCAAAAGUUCACUUUGUCAAUUGCACGGAACAUAUUCGGGAAUUGUUGAAAAGUUGGUUUUUUUUUUCAGUGAAAAAUGCUGAAAAUUUGUGGAAUUUUUGCAGGAAUCGCGUGAAUAAUCGAACUAGUUUUAAAGAAGAAGAGGAAGAGGAUUUUGGAGAAAUUGAUCAAUGUGAAGAAUAA